AUGUGGCGCUUCCAUGGAGAAAAGCGAGAAGGAGAUGUGCUCCGUCGCUUUCAAAAGGAGGUCGAUGAUGGAAUGAAACUUUCUCGGCAGCUUCAAGAGGCGAUUGUUGGUGACAAGCUGGAUGUUGUAACGGGGAUCCGAGCUACAGCGCCGGUGGGCAUGGAAGCUACCCUUGAUAUCGCUGAACUGUUCAAGACCUAUUGGGCUUUCGGUACCACCGACAUUGAUGAAACAUCUCGGUCCCUUGCUGUCCAUUCUAACCCCAUGUUUGCGCACAAGGAUGGCAACAUGGUUCUGCAUUAUGGCACUGACCCAGUGCUUGGGUUCCACAUCAGCGCUUGCUAUGUACCAAUCGACCUGAAGCCACCUCAACGGGGUUAUUCUUCCGAGAAGCCUGGGCUGUAUGAAAUUAUCAACACUGCAAGGACGGAGUUCAACAACUGGAGGAAGGGAUGCGGUGGCUUUUUCAUAUGUUACAACCGGGCGAGUUUUGUCGCCUUUCUUUGCCUCGUCAAAACACGGACGGACACGGACUGGAAUAAGACAAUGGAGAAAUUGCUUGAUCUCAUAGACCAAGGUACCAGUCUCGCAUUUUCCAAUAUCUACAUGCAAGAGCUCAAUCUCUGGAUGCAUAUGAAAGGUGUUUAUUCUAUUGAUGUUUUGCAAGGUUCACCAAAGAUCCCAAUUGUCAACCCCCAAUUUGAGACCCUGCAGGGCUGGCAGAAAAUGCCAUGUACGGUCAGUAUAGCCCUUCGUGUUCCUCGAAGCAAACUAGAGCCCUUCAUCGCCGGAACCAUGAAGGUUGGCGGCUUUACACCUCCUCUCCACGCCAUUCUACAAUCUUCUCCUAGAGCAGCCAACCAGUGGCAGCACAUGUUCGCAGCAACACAGAUUGGAUUUGGUAUCCUUAAAACAAAAGGAUCCAGAUACAGCGACUCCUUUGAAGUGGAAAUUGAUGAAGACCCAUUAGGAUGGAAGGGAAACUCACCAAUGCUUCUUUCUUUCUAUGUGCCAAGCUGGAUUCUACUUCAGGAACCACGUACGGCCACUGUCUCGUUGGCCAUCCCGCUCUCCACUACAACGCUGAAAGAGGUUGAUUAUGUCUACAUUACCAAGAACCAGCCAUAUCAGACAGAUUUUAUGCCCAUCAAUGGCUUCAAUCCAGAGGACGUCAAGAACCAAGUUGAUCAAGCUGGAAGCUCAGAAACAGUCAUAACCGCUACCGUCAAUGAGCAAACAGGGCAAAUGUCAUCAUUCACGGGCCGAAUUCAAAUACUAUCUGAACAAUCAAAAGCUCUUCUUAGGGAUGGCAGCGCGGUCAAAAGAUCUUCACGAUCACCGUUCAACCAUGCUCUGUCUCUUGAAAAGGGGCCAACCUUCAAUGCAAACUUUCCUGCUGCUGUUUUGGACUCUACCGUGAAAGUGAGAAUUGCUCGCAAGUCAUCAUACCUUGAGCUUAUCGCAGACAUUGCUAAGUCCACCCACUGGUCAACCCUGAAGUCCUUCAUGUAUCCGGUGUUCUUGGAUUCCGGAUCACCCGCUCUAUGGAAUGUGCCGUACCUCAAUUUCUCAUCACUCCCCGCUAUAGACUUUGGCGAUUCUUCCUCUAAUCGUCUGAAAUGGCUAAAAACACAUAUCCCAACGAUGUGGUCGGCACAAGAGGGUGCCCUAAAGUUCAACCCUUCCUUGCCGGCUUCACCGAGUGUUCGGGCCAGAGUGGACUUCAAAGACGGUCUAUUUCACAUUUUCCUAGGCUUUAGUGGAACAAUGUCUCCUCGGGCCUCCGUCUACGCUAUCGACUGCCCCGAAGAAAAGGGCGUCCACAUUUUGAUUUUCGUAUCCAGGAUAUUACUCGACGUCUCGAAUCGUACAGUUGUUCUUGACGCUGCUGUUCUCCCUCUUUACAGUGAUCUCAUGGUAAAAAUCACCCCUGCUCUAGACGCGAUGAUGAACAGCAGCCAUGAUCCCAAAUCCAUCCUCACCUCCAAAGAGGCGCUUUAUCUAUGGAAGGAAGCUCUCCCUGCCUGGACCGAGCGAUGCCGAUCGUGGGCCCACAAGCCCAGUUGCGAGUACAUUACCACUCCGAAGAUUCCACUCUCGAUCAAAUUCGGGAAAAGAGUUCUGUGCUCGUGCGGAGAUGGCACAGUACCAAUUGAUUUCAUGCCUAAGUUUCCGGGGUGGAAAGAGCUUGCCAAGCACUCUGUGCGGGUGGCCAUUUCACCAGCUUUUGCGUCAGCGCUUGUGGACAAGCUCAUUGAUUUCUCGGUGUCUCCAUUGGCUAGCGAGGCAAGUGGUGAAGAUUUGAACGGCUGCCAGGUUUGUGAUAAGGACAAGCGAGCUGAUGGUUCGGAUUUGAUGACAUGCUCGCGCUGUCAUAAAGCAAAAUACUGCUCGAAAGACUGUCAGAAGGUCGGAUGGAAGAAACAUAAGAUGGUCUGCAAAGCGGAUGGAAACUGA